AUGAGUAAAGGAUUAUCAAAAAUAUUAGAAUUAGGUUUGUUUGUAGGUAGUUUUUUUUUCAUAUGGUAUAUUACUGGUGAGAAAAUAUUUAAAAAAAAAAAGAAGAUUGUUAAAGAGAACAUUUUAUUGAUCUUAAGAAAUUUAUGUUAUGAAAUAUAUACAGUAUUAUGUGAAACGUCAAAAACUACAAAACAUGUUUAUGACAUGUUAAGAAAUGAAUCUAAUACUACCAUCGAAUUAAGUAGACUAGAAGAAGUAUUAUUAAAUAAUGGUUAUAAAAAAAAAAUUGAAGAUGUAGAAAAGAAUGUAUUAAAAAGAUUUAAUAUAAGUGUAGAAGAUUUUUAUGAUGAAUUAAAAAAUUAUGAAAAAGAUGCAGAUGUACAAAAAUAUUUAAAUUCUAUAAAAAAAAUGUAUAAUGAAGCCCUUCUAGGGUUACAACCAAAAUUACCAUCAAUUGAUGAUAAUAUUUCUCAAGAUGUUAUUAUUAAUUUAACUAGUCUUAUUUAUAAAGAAAAAAGAAAAAUAUAUAAAACCAAAAUAGAUUCUAUGAUAAAAAAUAAUGAAAUUAUUGAUGUCCAAAAUACAUUGUCUAAUACUCAAUUUUUUGAAAAUCUACAUAAAUCUACACAACAUGUAGAAGAAAAAAUUAUUAAAGAAAAUAAUAACUUAGUACCUAAUCUUUUUACCUUUAAAUAUUUAGUUAGCUAUUAUUCAAAUGAUCCUAAUUUUUUACAAAAAAAAAAAUAUCUAGAAUCAAAACAUGGAGAAAAAAUUAUUAAAAUAUUAAAAAUCAAAACAAAUAAAAAGAAGAAAAAAAGAACAUCUAAAGAAGAUCGUCAAAGUAGCCAUAGUAGUGUUAGCUUUAAAAGCACACCUAGUCAUGAUGUUUAUAGUGCUGAGAAUCUUGCUUCAAUUGAAAAAGAGGAAGAUCAGUACUCUCAACAAUCUAUGGAAAUGGAACACAUGGACAAAGAUGAUAGCCAUGUUGAUUCUAUUUCAUUUAAUGUAGAUGCAGAUCUAGAAAAAGUAGAUGAGCAAAUUGAAUACCAUAGUGAAAGUGGUGUCAUGCAACCAGAAAAGGAAUAUUAUGAAGGCGAGCAUAUUACUAUUAGAUAUGAAGAAGAGGAUAUCAGUGAAAUUUACGAAGAGGAGCAUAUAAGUGAUGGACAUGUAGAGGAACAUGUAAGUGAAGGACAUGUAGAUGAACAUGUAAGUGAUAGAUAUGAAGAAGAACAUGCAAGUGCUAGAUAUGAAGAAGAACCUGUAAGUGUUAUAUAUGAAGAGGAACCUGUAAGUGUUAUAUAUGAAGAAGAACAUAUAAGUGAAGGACAUGUAGAUGAACAUGUAAGUGUUAGAUAUGAAGAGGAACAUAUAAGUGAUAGAUAUGAAGAACCUGUAAGUGAAGGACAUGUAGAUGAACAUGUAAGUGAUAGAUAUGGAGAGGAACACGUAAGCGAUAGAUAUGAAGAAGAACACGCAAGUGUUAGAUAUGAAGAAGAACACGCAAGUGUUAGAUAUGAAGAAGAACACGCAAGUGUUAGAUAUGAAGAGGAACAUGUAAGUGAAGGACAUGUAGAGGAACAUGUAAGUGAUAGAUAUGAAGAGGAACAUUUUAGUGAAGGACAUGUAGAGGAACAUGUAAGUGAUAGAUAUGAAGAGGAACAUUUUAGUGAAGGACAUGUAGAUGAACAUUUUAGUGAAGGACAUGUAGAUGAACAUUUUAGUGAAGGACAUGUAGAUGAACAUUUUAGUGAAGGACAUGUAGAUGAACAUGUAAGUGAAGGACAUGUAGAGGAACAUGUAAGUGAUAGAUAUGAAGAACCUGUAAGUGAUGAACAUGUAGAGGGACCUAUAAGUGAAGGAUAUGUAGAUGAACAUGUAAGUGAUAGAUAUGAAGAACCAGUAAGUGAUGAACAUGUAGAGGGACCUGUAAUUGAAGGACAUGUCGAUGAACAUGUAAGUGAUAGAUAUGAAGAACCAGUAAGUGAUGAACAUGUAGAGGGACCUGUAAGUGAAGGACAUGUAGAGGGACCUGUAAGUGAAGGACAUGUAGAGGAACAGGUAAGUGAUAGAUAUGAAGAAGAACAUGUAAGUGAUGAACAUGUAGAGGGACCUAUAAGUGAAGGACAUGUAGAGGAACAUGUAAGUGAUAGAUAUGAAGAACCAAUAAGUGAUGAACAUAUGGAGGGACCUGUAAGUGAAGGACAUGUCUAUGAACAUGUAAGUGAUAGAUAUGAAGAACCUGUAAGUGAUGAACAUGUAGAGGGACCUGUAGAGGAACAGGUAAGUGAUAGAUAUGAAGAAGAACCUGUAAGUGAUAGAUAUGAAGAAGAACAUGUAAGUGAUAGAUAUGAAGAAGAUCAAGCUAGUUAUCAAUAUGAUAAAGAUCAUGUAAGUGAUAGAGAUGAAAUUAAACAAGAUGAUAAUUAUAUAAGUGACAGAGAGGAAAUUAAACAAGAUGAUAGUUUUGUAGGAGACAAAGAACAAAUUUUUGAAGAUGAUAACUAUGUAAGUGAGAGAGAGGAAAUUAAAGAAGAUAAUUAUGUAAGUGACAGAGAGGUAAUUAAAGAAGAUGAUAAUUAUGUAAGUGACAGAGAGGAAAUUAAAGAUGAUAAUUAUAUAAGUGACAGAGAACAAGUUAUUCAGGAUGAUAAUUAUAUAAGUGACAGAGAACAAGUUAUUCAGGAUGAUAAUUAUAUAAGUGACAGAGAACAAGUUAUUCAGGAUGAUAAUUAUAUAAGUGAUAGAGAACAAGUUAUUCAGGAUGAUAAUUAUAUAAGUGACAGGGAACAAGUUAUUCAGGAUGAUAAUUAUAUAAGUGACAGAGAACAAGUUAUUCAGGAUGAUAAUUAUAUAAGUGACAGGGAACAAGUUAUUCAGGAUGAUAAUUAUAUAAGUGAUAGAGAAUCAGAUAAAGAAAAUAAUAAUUAUGUUUAUGAAAAUGAUGAAAGUAUAAAAGAUGACAAAAGUAUAAACGAAAAAGACUCAAUUAUUCAUUAUGAUGAAGAAGGAAUAAUUAAAAAUAAAGAGAUUACUGAAUAUAUAAAAGAUGAAAAUAGUGAUAUACAAAUAUCAGAAAAUGAUAUAAUAGAUAAUAAUGAAAAUGAAAUGAUAGAUAAUAAUGAAAAUGAAAUGAUAAAUAAUAAUAGUAAAGUAGAAAAUAAUACAAGCAUGACAGAAUAUGAGGAUGUUAUAGAUAUGGAUUACAAAUCCCCAGAAAAUUUAUUUAUGUUUGAUCAAGAAUAUAAUAUUAAUGAAGCUCAUAAGGAAGAAAUUAAUAAUAAUGAUAAUAAUAAUGAAAAUGAUAAGAGUGAGUCUGGAAUGGUUGAACAAGAUGUUAGUAAUGAAGAAUAUAGAGAAGAUGAUGAAAAGAAUACAGAUGAAAUAAAAGAAGAUGAUAAAAACAGUAUAGAUGAAGUAAGAGAAGAUGAUGAAAACAAUAUAGAUGAAGUAAGAGAAGAUGAUGAAAACUAUACAGAUGAAAUAAAAGAAGAUGAUGAAAACAAUACAGAUGAAAUAAAAGAAGAUGAUGAACAAAAUACAGAUGAAUUAAAUGACAUGAAAGAUGAAAAUAAUGAUGAAGGAGAAGACAAUCAAGAAUUAAAUGAAAAUUUAGAAAGUUCAGAUGUACAAAAAGAUGAUGAAGCUUUGAAUGCUGAGGAUUCACCUGAAGAAGAAAAACGCACAAAUGUUAAAAGAGAAUCUAUUUCUUUUCGUGAUAAAAAGAAUGAAGGUUCAACUGAAAAAAAAAUUGAAACUAAAAAAGGUGGUUUACUUAUGGGUAUUAUGAAAAGAAAAAGAUUUAUGUCAAAAGAUCCAAAAAAGAAGUCAUAA